AAGGAGCUCCUUAUCCACAAACUCAAAAGCAGGACUACAGUGUGUAUGAGACAGAUGCUUGUGGAAGAGAGAGACAGACAAAGUUAGAGACAAAAGAAAGACUGUGUGGCAGUGAGCGUCUCUCUCAAGCUCAUCUUAUAUUUCAGCAUAUUCAGCCAGUCCAUUCAGCUCUGGGUUACCCUACUGUAUAACCUGCUCCUAAAAACAACUCAACGCUUUCCAUUUGUAAUGGGAACAGAGAACUCUGUAUAUUGAUCUGUGCCAAUAACAAAUUAGAUUCCAUCGGAUCGUCCCCCUCCGAAAUAUUCUGCAAUGAAUUCCUCUGUCAAAAAGUCUAUAAAACCGGAACCUAAGAAAGCGAGUCCUUCCCAGGCCAUUGUCGACAACCACAAAAGAAAAACCAAUCUGCUACAAGACAACAGCUGGAUUAGGCGUGAACGAGAUGAGGACGACAGUGUGUAUCCAGGCACAAACAAAGAAAUUCCCAGCUACAUCAAAUCACCAAACAAAAGUAACAGCCAUGUCACAGAGGGGAACCAGUCCUGCCCUUCUAGUCCCGGCUCCUCUGUUAAUGUCUUUGCCAAGAGGUUUGGUGGAAGCCAAGAGGUGAUUUCCAAAGAGAGCCCAACACUUACCACCAAGAACAAGACUGUCUCCUUUGGAAAAAUUAUCACAUCAGAGUUUGGGAAAGAAGCCAAGAGCACCUGGCAAAACACGUUUCUGCCUACCACCAGUGUGUCAGCAGAACCGAGUUCCAACAUGUCCAGCUUCAGCACCAGGGUUUUCCUCUCUUCCAGGCUGCCCCACAACAACCCUACACCCGUUAGCUACCACAAAGCCUCUCCUAUUAUUCACACUGGAAAAGAAGUUGUGGACACUUAUGGCUCUCUCGAACACCCAACAAGCAAUGGAACAACAGAAUCAACCAUACAAACAAAGACAAAUAAUCCUUCAAAUCUGGAUGAAGUGGCAGAGUCCUCAGCACCUGUGUUCCUGACAUCUCCUCAGGCUAACAUCCCUCCGCCUAUCAGGUGCAUGACAGAGAAGGGGCUGUGCUCGUACUGCUGUGAACCUCUCCCGGAGGCCGGAGCCAGGAUCAUCCUGGAGGACCUGCAGAUCUGCAGCCACACCGCCUGCUUCAAGUGUGAGGUGUGCUACUGUCCUCUAGGGGAUCUGGAGGAGGGGAGUAGCAUGUGGGUCCUCAAAGAGAAGGUGCACUGUGAGAGCUGCUUCAACACAACCAGAGACAAGUGGCUUCUCUAGGAUACAAGUGUCAAGCAACACUCAACUCCCUAACACAACCCAGCUCUUCGUUCUAUAAGUGACAAUAUUUUAGAACAAUUGCAUAGUGUACCUUUAUCAUGAAUGUGCUUUUAUUUGUAUAUUGCACUAAGCAAUUGUCGAAACCACUAAAUAAGUUAUUCAGUCUACUUAAUGAUAAAUUAAGUAAUGCUAUUGUUCAUUUAGCAAACAUCUUUAUGAUUGAAUGAUUAUACUGUAUUUUAUGAAAAUGGAAAAUCAAUUACCCCAGUAAUGUAAGCAUACAGGUUGUCAAGUUUAUUAAAAUUAACAUCUUUACACUUUG